UGACUUUUCGACAUGACGACCACUUGGUCUAGACCUUCAUGAUGAGACAACAAAAAGUCAAAUUCAAGAAAAGAAACCCAUGAAUGCAACCCUUGGUGAGUUGCUGUGCUGCCGAGUUCCGUCUUAGCUUCCCUUAGUAUAAUCUUCCUCAGCCUGUGACAACGUCUCGUUCAGGUCGAAGUCAAGGGACUCGUAAUUUUGUCUCCCAGUUUCAUGCCUAACGACGUACAUACCAUUGUACCUGUCCAGGUCAUAAUGUACCUUACUUGCUCACAACCGGGCAGCCAGGAUAACCAGGGCAAGCGGUGACACUGCAGACAACCUGCCUGGAAUGUCCAACAGGCACUUACACACAAUUCACUCUCGCUUGCCUCACUGGUACAGACGGGAAGCGAGUUCAGCCCUUCCUGACCAUUCACUGGCACACAACCAUCCCGUCUUCCAUUAUGACGUCAAACCAACAAACACAUGCCGUGUUUGGAACGCACAGGUUCUUUGCUGUUCCGUUUGUUGUUAUAAACCAUCACAGCUCACCACUCAACCACUUCUGACUUUUCAGUUUGAAAUAUCCAACAGCUUGUACACUCAACUCCUGUACAACUCGAACUGGAACAAGGGCUGCCACUACAGACCAGGCCAGGCCAGUCUCAACUCGGUACCCGAUCCAGUGGAGAUAUCUCGCGAGUAAACAAUAACAACACCGACAACAACCGAGAAACCACACCACAAAGAUGGGCUUCUUCAACCGUCAACCUCGCGCCGCGGAUGGUGCCGCACCGCCUGUUGCUGCUAAUGGCACUACUCGCAAUGAGAAGCGUGCUCGUCGCCAUGGCUUCGAGCCCUACACCAUGACCACCAGGCCCACCUUUGGCCAGUGGCUCAAGUACACUUGGCUUGAUAUUCUCACCAUGGCCGCCCUCGGUGCCAUCGGUCUCGGCGUCUAUUACGCUCACCCGGCCCCCUCCCGCUCUUUUGCCGUCCAGUUCUCCGACGGCGAAGUCGUCUACCCCCAGUUUGCCUACCCGAUGCGCAAGGAAAUCAUUCCCAUCUGGCUUGCCGCCUUCCUGGCCUCCAUCAUUCCCAUCUUCAUCAUCCUGUGCAUGCAGAUUCGCAUCCGCUCCUUCUGGGACGUCAACAACGGCGUCUUGGGUCUUUUGUACAGUCUCAUCACCGCCGCCGUCUUCCAGGUUUUCAUCAAAUGGCUUAUCGGUGGCCUGCGCCCUCACUUCCUGACCGUCUGCAAGCCCGACAUCACUCGCGCUACCAACACCCAAAUUGCCGAGAAGGGCUACUCGGCCCAAGGUUUCGCCGAGAUUUACUACACCAAGGAUAUCUGCACGGGUGAUCCGAAUGAGAUUGAUGAUUCGCUCGAGUCUAUGCCAUCUGGUCACUCCACCGCUGCCUUCGCGGGAUUCAUCUUCUUGGCCCUCUACCUCAACGCCAAGCUCAAGGUCUUCUCCAACUACCACCCCGCGCUCUGGAAGCUCGCCGCCGUCUACGCUCCCGUGCUCGGCGCGUGCCUGAUUGCCGGCGCCUUGACCAUUGAUGAGUUCCACCACUGGUAUGACGUCCUCGCUGGCGCGGUUAUCGGCACCAUCAUGGCUUUCAGCGCCUACCGCAUGGUGUAUGCGAGCAUCUGGGAUUGGCGCUACAACCAUAUCCCUCUCAACAGGUCCAACCCGUUCCCCUUUGGCAGCCGCGACGAUAUGGAGCUGGGCGGCGCUACUUUCACCAGGCAGGUUGGCUGGGGCACCAGCGGUGCUGGCUUCCCGUUUGAUGACAAGCAUGGCUAUGCUGGUGGUGGAUACGGUGGCUAUGGUGGUUAUGGUGGUGGACCGGCGAUUAACCGCAAGCCGGUUGCUGGCAAUGGCGUCGGAGGUCCCUUCCACAGUCAUGGAGCGAGGGGUGAGCAAAUGGUUUAAGGGGUUAGUUCCCUGGUGGAAUUGAACAAAAAGGUGUUUUGUUAUGAAAAGAGGAGAGAGUUAGUGGGAGGCGGAAGGAAGGCAGUCGAAGUUGCCCUUGCUCAUGCAUUGGUCAUGAACGGGUAUAAUUAUGAAGUACGAGCCCUACGACAUAUAUUGUUUUCUUUUGCAGUUGUUCAUAGGUAGCCUUGUUGCUGGCUGGCGUUUGGUUCUGGUCAGGGAUGACUGUUGAGCGACGACUGUCGAGUUCGAAUACCCCCAUCUUUCUUCAGCAUACCCAACUAAUUAGCUGAACGAUAAUCCAUAUUUUAAAU